GAAUUAAUUUGGUUGAACAUGUCCCUAUCCACUUGCCGUACGUCGUCAUCACAAUAAGACAACGCUAGCGUCGACCAACAACAGAUUACAGGCUGCUGGUCCCGAAUCUACCUGUCAAAAUGGUCAACGUGCACAAAGGCGUCCUUGUUGAAUGCGACCCGGCCAUGAAGCAGUUCCUCUUGUACCUGGAUGAGACCAAUGCCUUCGGGAAGAAGUUCAUUCUGAAGGACCUGGAUGACACGCAUGUCUUCAUACUGGUUGAAGUGGUCCAGACUCUACAAGAGAGAGUUGGAAAGCUCAUAGACCAGAAUUCCUUCACCAUCACACAGAAAUGAGACACCAUUGAUAUUGGGUGCAGAUAUUCAGUUUUAGUUUGAUUUUGUGUAUGUCUCUUUUGGGUCACUAAAACGAAGUUUGGUAUAAUAAACCAUAUUGACUACA